AAAUGACAAUGCUACAAAAAAUUCAUUUCAUACAAUGUUAUAGUUCCAACCGCACCAACAAAUUUACGAGGUAUAUCACUGAAACCGACAAAUAUUCAUUUAACAUGGACACCACCUGAUGAUAUGUCAAAUGAUAGAAAAUUACUUGGAUAUAGAUUGAGAUUUCGACCUGCCACUACUACCCCUACUGUUGUAGAUCAAAUAAGUGAUAUUAAAUCACCAUUGUCAUCAACAUCUAAUGAAGAAGAAAUUACUAAACAGAAACAAAAGUCAUUCAUCACUGAAACACGCGAUAUUGAUGCAACAGCAACACAGUAUUUAUUAACUGAUCUAGAACCAAGUACACGAUAUUAUUUAAGUUUAGCCGGUAAAUCAAUACAUGGUUAUGGAGUAGCUGCUCAAAUUGAAGUUCAAACGAAUGAUUACCCAUUUGAUCUACCUUCACCAAAAAAUGUACAAUUACGUACACUGACAAAUGUUAGUGCAAAAAUUUGUUGGGACCAACCAAAUUUACCAGAAUUAAUGUAUUCUAUAAUAUCUUAUGAAAUUUUAUUUGGAUUAUCGAAUGAAUCGAUUAGUCCAUUAAAUGCUACUGGGAUUAUACCAUUACCACAAUCAAUAUGUUGUUGUUUCACUAUGAUGCAUUUACGCCCCGGUACUGAUUAUCGUAUUUGGUUACGUUUAGUCAGUCAUAAAACUCUGCCAACAACUAUUGUCAAUAAUUAUGAUGAUAAUAAUGGAUUUAUGAAUAAAAAUGUGGCACCAUGGUCGUCGAUCGAUUCAAAGAAUAAAAUCACUGGUCCAGUGUCUGAACUACAGGCAUUUCGUACAUUAAUAAGUGUCCCAAUGAAACCAAGAAAAUUACAUCUUGUGGACAUACACAAAAGAACUCGUUUAACAUCAGUAUUAUCACGAACAGAUCAAGCUGGUGUACAUGGACAAGUAGACCUACCAUAUUUAUGUGUUGAAUUAGCAUGGGAUCCUCCUGAAGGUCUACAUACCACAAAACAAAUAAGUUAUCAAGUAUUUGUUAGACUGAUAGGUCCACAAGAAUUAAUAGAAGAACUAACAGAUACUACUUUAAGUUCCAGUGAAUUAUAUGGAUCCAGUUUAGAACGUGAAGGUGGCCAUCCAUUAUUACAAAGGAGAUUGCUAGCCAAUGUUACUGGAAAUACAUUUAGAUCAUCAGAAAGUGACAGGAUUGGUUAUGGAUUAACCUACUUAUUUGAAGUUGCACUUAUGAAUACAAGUUCAGUAGGUCUUACAGCUCAAUUAGAGGUGACUACACCAGAUGCACCUCCUUCUAGCAGUCCAUUACAUGUUCGCUUAAGUGGUUUAUCAUCAAGUUCCGUUGAAGUUAGCUGGGCUCCACCUCCAGUACAAUAUCGUAAUGGGAAACUUACUGGUUAUGAAGUCAGAAUUUUCGAAGUUGGUGCUGAAACACAAACUGAGACUAUAAUCAAAGUGACAGUACCAGGACAAAGACAAUAUACAGCAAGAGGAUUAAAAGAGAAAACAUUUUAUACAUUUAUGGUUAGAGCAUUUACUUCAGCUGGACCUGGACCUUGGUCUGGUGCAAGUAAUAUACGUACAAGUAUUGAGUUACCACCUCCACCAUUAGAUAUUCAAGCCUCAAGAAUUAACCAACAUCAAAUCAAAGUAACCUGGCGUAUACCAACACGUGAAGAUCAAAGUGGUGUAGGCAGUAAACAAAUCUCAAUACAAGGUUUUCGUCUACUCUAUUCCGCCAAUAAUAAUCCUUAUGAAUCGGGUCAAUGGACGUCAUUUGAUGUUGGCCCAGUUAAUAUGGCCAUUAUAAGUCAUUUAGAAAGUAAAACGAGUUACGUAAUUUGUAUUAAAUCACGUGGACCAGAUGGUCGUUAUGGUGACUGCAGUCAACCGGUAAUUAGUCGACUAGCCAGCAGUAAUGGUGAAAGUGAUUUCUCAGUACGUGGUUUAUUUUGUUCUGGAGAUGAUACUAGUGUGAAGGUUACUUGGCAACAACCUAAACGAACAGAAAAACUAGAAGGCUUUAAAUUGCGUAUUGGUGGCUCCAAGAAAUUCGCUGAUGAUGCUGGUGUAAUUAAACGUUUGGAAUUUCCAGCUCGUAGUGUCAGUGUAACAUAUGCUGCAUUACAUUCUGGUUAUACGUAUACAGUUAGUGAUCUGGAGCCGAAUAGUGUUUAUGACGUACAGUUAAGUGCAUAUUAUGAUUUAACAUUGAAUAUGCAAAGCAACUGGGAAACAACAAGUUGCUUUACUCAAAUGCAACGUCCACCAUUUGUACCAACACCAAUACCAGUUGCUGUAUCACCAAGUCGAUUACAAGUUUUACUUCAAUUAAGUCGUGUUAGUGAACAAUAUGGGAAAAUACGACAAUAUUUCCUAGUUGUUGCUCCUGUUCAUUUAGCUGAUAGUUCAACAGAAAAGAUAAGUAUAGACACAACAAUUACAGCAUCUAGAGGUCUUCCAAGUUCAGAAACACGUUAUGUUGCAGCUCGUUACCUGCAAGAUUAUUUUGAUCCCCCGCCAAGACAUUCUAGAAACUUUACACUUGGUAGUUAUAAUGUAAAAACAAAUCGACCUCAAAGACAUGUUAAUUCAAGUCGAAUUCGACGUCAGACUAUAACAACAGAUGAUGAAUUUCUACAUGAACAAGACUCAGAAAUUAUGUUUGACAAUAAAGCUUUAGUUCUUGGACAAGAAUACAAAGCAUUUGUUAGAGCCUGUGUAUUUCAAGAAGAUCAGUCUACUUCUGAUGGCCCAGAAGCAUGUACAUCAUCUGCAUGGUCUCAUGGUUUCGGACCAGAUCGCCAUCUUCCACCAUGGAGCGAAAUGAUGAAUAAGCAUUUAAGAGAUAGCGAAUUCAGAAAUAAAAAUAAUUUAGAUGCAUCUGAUAAUAGGAAUAGUAAUUCAUUAGGAUUUAGCCUAACACGUGGUUUCACGGGAUCAAACAGAGAUCUAUUUAUUAUUGGACUAGUUGCUGUAAUCGUUAGUUUGGCAUUGAUUGUCGUGAUAUGCAUUGCAUUUGGAUGUUUUAUACGUCGUAAACGUCGUCCGAAACUAAUCAACCAUUUAACUCCAAAUGAUUCGACAAUGAAACAACCAUUGAUGCGAAUGAACGACUGUGGCCCAGCUAAUGGAAACAGUUUUCCAUUAAUCACAAGUGGAAUAGAAGUAAUAAAUACUAAUUUUACAUCCUCUGUCGACAAACGUGGUAGUUCGGUUGUUGGUAAUGAUAGCUUAAAAAGUGCAACUCUUAUCGCUGCCUCAUCACCAGGACCACCACAAUCCUCAUUAAUUUCGUCAAUCUCAGCUACAGGUAGACCAAAUCUGAUCACAUCAGCAACAUCAAGCCCACUUACAGGCAUUGCACAAUUGGAUCCAAGGCAUCACGUUACUCAGGCUCCUUCUCCAAUAAUCGAUAUGUCGGUACACCAUGGUUAUUCCCUUGGUUUGACAAAUCUCAAUACUCCACCAGCAAUCCAACAACCAAUGAAUCCUUUUAUUUCACAUCGAGGUGGGACUUCAAGCAGUCAUACAGGAAGUCAUCCAAGUUCUUUAACUGGCAGUGGAACAGGUGCAGCAUACAAUGUAAUGGGAAUAAAUAAUAAUUGUGUUAGUGAAAAUAAUGCUGCUACAAUAUGUGACGGUUUAAUAAUUGCAAGAAAUGGCUUACCAGGUUCUGAAAGUGGACCCGAAUCCGCAUUUGACAUGCCGCACUUACCAUUUGAAAUGAAAGGUCAUUCGAUGCAUCACCCGAUCCCUGUUAAUCUUCUACCAGACCACGUUGCACGACUUUCGGCUGCAGACAAUUUAUUAUUUUCACAAGAAUAUGAAUCUAUUGAAACUGAACAACAGUUCACAUGGGAAAAUUCUAAUCUUGAUGUGAAUAAACCUAAAAAUCGUUAUGCUAAUGUAAUUGCUUAUGACCAUUCCAGAGUUGUUUUACAAUCAAUCGAUUGUGUUCCCGGUUCUGAUUAUAUCAAUGCAAAUUAUAUCGAUGGUUACAGACGGAUGAAUGCUUAUAUUGCUACUCAGGGUCCUACCCCCGAGACAUUUUCCGACUUUUGGCGUAUGAUAUGGGAACAACGUGUAUCAAUUAUCGUAAUGAUGACUAGAUUAGAAGAACGUUCUCGUGUUAAAUGUGAUCAAUAUUGGCCAUCACGUGGACCAGAAUCAUUUGCAAGUGGCCUCUUAUUGGUUAAACCUGUUGAUACCAUUGAAUUAGCCUAUUAUACUAUACGUACAUUUCAUUUAACAGCUCGUGGAAUUGAAGAUGAAUGUAGAGAAGUUAAACACUUUCAAUUUACUGGGUGGCCAGAUCAUGGUGUUCCUGAAUAUCCUAUACCAUUAUUAUUAUUUAUUCGACGUGUUCGAGCUACACUAGCACCGAAUACAAAUAAUAUGUUUCAAUCCAAUCAUAAUGUGGAACAAGCACCAAUUGUUGUUCAUUGUUCUGCUGGCGUAGGAAGAACAGGUGCAUUCAUUGUAAUUGACAUUAUGCUAGAAAGAUUGAAAUAUGAAAAAACUGUAGAUAUUUAUGGUUGUGUUAAAGCAUUACGUAAACAACGUAAUUUUAUGGUUCAAACAGAAGAUCAAUACAUUUUCAUACAUUCAGCUCUUUUAGAAGUAAUUGAUGCUGGAAAUACUGAAGUACCAGCUAGAAAUUUAUCUGCUCAUAUUAAAAAAUUACGUAUGUUAGAUGCAACUGGUGGUUCAGGUAUGGAAUUGGAAUUUAAAAAAUUGGCACAGUUUCGAUUACCACAUGCUAAAUACACUUCAGCACAACAGGGUUGUAAUAAGAAUAAAAAUCGUCUAUUGAAUAUAUUGCCAUAUGAAUCUACUCGUGUCCCAUUGCAACCUAUACGUGGUGUUGAAGGAUCUGACUACAUAAAUGCUAAUUUUGUGGAUAGUUAUCGCGAUCGAAGAGCAUAUAUUGCAACUCAAGCUCCAAUGGCAAAAACAGUGGAAGAUUUCUGGAGAAUGAUUUGGGAAUUGAAUUCUAACAUUGUUGUAAUGUUGACCGAUCUGAAUGAACGAGGUCGAGAAUGUUGUUAUCCUUACUGGCCAACAGAAAGAUCAUCUAGAUAUCAGUAUUAUGUUGUUGAUCCUAUGGUUGAAUAUAAUAUGCCAAAUUACACACUGAGAGAAUUUAAGCUAACAGAUGCACGUGAUGGUCAAGCACGUACGCUUCGCCAAUUUCAGUUUACAGAUUGGCCUGAGCAUGGUGUACCUGAGAGUUGCGAAGCAUUUAUUGAUUUCCUUGGACAAGUACAUAAAACCAAGGAACAAUUUGGACAAGAUGGUCCAAUUACUAUACAUUGCAGUGCUGGAGUCGGUAGAACAGGUGUAUUCUUAGCUUUAUCCAUUGUUCUUGAAAGAAUGAGACAUGAAGGAAUUGUAGAUAUGUUUCAAACUAUACGAAUGCUUCGAACACAACGACCUGGUAUGGUUCAAACUGAAGAUCAAUAUCAAUUUUGUUAUAAUGCAGUUUUAGAAUAUCUUUCAUCAUUUGAUCAUUAUUCAGUAUAAUUGUUGACAAAUGUCAACAUUAUCAAUCAGAUAAAUAGAUAAAAUGAGUUAUUUCUUAAAGAAUCAAAAUGAAUUGCCCUCUUUAUAACAAUUGAAACUAGUCAAUAUUAAUUCCUAACGUACUAUUUACUUUCUGUUACUAAGAAGUUAUCUGUUGUAUUUUAUGCUUCCAGUUUUUUAAUGUCCACUGAACCUUUAAUUCUGUAAAUUGUAUUACUACUACUACUAAGACACUGUGCUUUUCUUGUGUUUAAUAAUUAUUUACUCGGUUUCGACUUGUACGUCUACAUGUGUGUAUAUGUGUUUGUGUACAUUAGUCAUUUAAAACAUGUAACGUAAAGAAAUUUAUAUCCCGGUUUUAUAACCAGUUAAUAAAACGUACACUGUUUUUUCAAUUAAGCUGCAUAAUUAAUUAGUCGGGGUCUAUAUAUCAAAUUACCAGUCAGACACUGGCUGUUCGUAUUAUUUAUUAGGUUCUUUUAAAAAAAUACAAAAAAAUCCUAUUAUUACUGUGCUUAUAAUUAUGUAAGAUUGGUUCUUCCAUGACUUGUCUACUAUCAUGUUGUUGUUUAUGUUUUCGCCAGAUUUUGUGGGUCACUUAUUUCUCUUUUCUCCUGUAUUUUGUUCCCUUAUUUCUAUGCUACUAAUCAUAGUUGCGUAUCGUUGUCUUUUAUAUUUCGCAACAAAAGUUUAUCAUCGUACUUUAUUCUCUUUUGGUUACUUAUAUGUGUCAUUUAAAGAAAAGAAACCACAAUUAAAUGAAAACUACAAUGUAAAUGCAUUUGUAGAUCCACUUUGCGUAAGUACACAAAAGCUGAACAAUAUUUGUGAUGAUGAAGGCAUAUAUAUAUAUAUAUAUAUAUAUAUAUAUAUAUAUAUAUAUAUAUAUAUAUAUAUAUGUACUGAUAGGUAUGUAUACAUUUUUAAUAUUAUAAUUGGGAACGUUACCGUUCCUAUGAAUAACACCAUUAUAAUUCCUAUUUUUUAUUUGAAAAGAAACUUUUAAUGAGCUUGUAAAGAUUUCCAUUUAUGAAUCUUAUGUCUACGUAUAUGUAUAAAUAGUAUUGAAUAUCAUGGGUUGUUGUUUUGUGAUUAUGAGCGCAUACCCCUCAUACCUACACAUACAUAUACAAAUGUUCAAAUAAUUGCAUACAUCAAAUGAUAUCAUUUUAAUUUUAUUUGAAAAAACCUCAAUGUUACUACUCAUAUUAAAACCGUUAUUUUAACAAUUAAGCUUUACCGAUACACUACAAUAUGUAUUCUUAACUCUAUUUAGUACUUUUUAAGUAGUUGUUUUCAAACAAACAAAAAAAGCAAACAUAUUUAUGAGGUCUUAUGCGAGUAUAAAUGUAAGUUAACCAACCUUUAAAUAACUAUAUUGAACUAUGAUAACAAGACUUUUAAAGAAAACAAAUUGAAAUCUAGUUCUUUUAUUUACUUUGCCCCCGCCUCCAAAACUUCUUGUUCUUUUUCCUUAUGCAAGUUAAAUAAGACUGAGUUAACCAUAAAACAAAACGUUUAACGUGAACUUGUUAAAAAUCCUAAGAGAACAAUACUUAUUUAAAUAAGUUACGUAUCUUUUUAUUUCUUCUUGUUACAAUCUGUAUUUACAGCAAAAUAUCAACAAUAAUGACA